UCAGACUAGUGCAGUAUCCAUUAUGAAUGAAUAAUUGGAAGACAUGAAAUGUUUAUUUGUUUGUCCACAUGUUUUCUAUAUACUGCUUUCGAAAAUCUUUCUAAUAUAAAAAUGUUUCUCAUAUUCCUAUGGGAGUCGUGGUGAUAUUUAUAGGUGGUGUUAGUGGAGUGGGAAAAACUACAGUUGCCAAGGAAUGUAGUUGUAAACUUGGCAAUUCUUGUUUUCUAGACGCCGAUGACUUUCACAGCAUUGAAAAUAAGCAAAAGAUGAAACAAGGCAUACCUUUAAGUGAUUCAGGUAACACUGAGAAACUUUCAAAGAUUCUUUAGUCUAAAGAAGUACUUACAGAUAGGAAGCCUUGG